AUGAAUAAUGGUGUUGCAGACCACUUGCCGAGGCUGAAGAUUGAUGAUGACAUUACAUUAGAUGACAGCCUUCUUGAUGAACAAGUUUACGCCAUAGAUGUUUCUGGGUUCGAUGAGCACCUGCUCCAACCUGGAGCACCUGCUCUGACGAUUUUUUGCAACUCUGUUGACGUAGAUCGGCAUUCUGGUUUCCCAUGGUUUGGAGAGAUUGCAAAUUAUCUUGCUGCAGAGCAGGAACCUGCAAAUUUCGUGGGAAACAAGAAGAAGAAGUUUCUGAAGGAUGUAAGGCACUACUUUUGGGACGAGCCUUACUUAUACAGGCAUUGCUCUGAUGGGAUUUUCAGGAGAUGUGUAGCUGAUGAGGAGAUACCUGGGGUCUUGUUUCAUUGCCAUGGUUCACCUUAUGCUGGUCACUUUGCCACUAUUAAAACAGUGUCAAAGAUUCUGCAAGCUGGGUAUUGGUGGCCUACUAUGUUCCGAGAUGCGCAGAGAUUCAUAUCCAGGUGUGAGUCAAGUCAGAGACAAGGAAACAUUAGCAGGAGGAAUGAGAUGCCUCAAAAUUUCAUCUUGGAAGUGGAGAUUUUCGAUGUGUGGGGUAUAGACUUCAUGGGGCCAUUUACAUCAUCUUAUGGGAAUGACUAUAUUCUGGUGGCAGUUGACUAUGUGUCAAAGUGGGUGGAAGCUCUGCCUAGUCCCACAAAUGACGCAAAUGUGGUUUUAAAGAUGUUCAAAUAUGUCAUUUUUCCCAGAUUUGGUGUGCCCCAAGUGGUGAUUAGCGAUGAAGGCUCUCACUUCAUCAACAAAACGAGUGGGCAAGUUGAGGUUUCCAACAGAGAGAUCAAGAACAUUCUGCAGAAGACUAUGAGCACCACAAGGAAGGAUUGGGCAGUGAAGCUUGAUGAUGCUCUUUGGGCAUACAGAACAGCUUACAAAACACCUUUGGGAACUACACCAUUCCACUUGGUGUAUGGAAAAGCAUGUCAUCUUCCAGUGGAACUUGAGUACAAAGCUGCUUGGGCAGUGAAGCUGCUGAAUUUUGAUGCUAGGAGUGCUCAGGAGAGGAGAGUGAUGGAAGCUGCGAUCAAGAUGGUCUGCACCAUUCACCAUCAAGGAGGUUCGACCAUAUGGAGCUGUAGUGUUGCUAGACACUAUAGGAGGCGAGUAAAAGUUGUUCAACGUGGAAGAAAAGAUUUGAGGAAGAAGAAGGAAGAGCACCCAACCGGAGCACCUGCUCCAUCUGCUGGGUUGGUUUCUCAAAGCGUAAAAACUGACGAAGGAGCACCCCCAUCCCUAGUCGGAGCACCUGCUCCACAGGGUGCUCACCACGUAAAAAGUGACGAAGGAGCAACCAGAGGGAGACGGGAGCACCUGCUCUGCUGA